UCUCUCUUUAGGCAGCAACAUUUCUCUCAUCUCUCCACUUGAAUUAAUAAUGGAUUCAAUCCAAUUCUCCGUAACAAUCUAUGCUCUAAUCUCUCUCUUAACACUCUUCUUUCUUGUUGCCUGGCUCCGGCGGAAACCCCUUCCGCCGGGCCCAAUGGGCUGGCCCAUCAUCGGCAACAUGUUGAUGAUGGAUCAACUCUCCCACCAUGGCUUAGCCCGCUUGGCCGAAAAAUACGGAGGCAUUCUCCAUCUCAAGAUGGGCUACAGCCACGCCAUUGCGGUGUCGUCACCCGAAGUGGCCCGCGAAAUACUUCAAGAGCAAGAUCACAUAUUUGCCAACCGCUCGACCACCAUUGCCAUCACUUAUCUUACUUACAACCUAGUCGAUAUGGCAUUUGCGGACUAUGGGCCGUUUUGGCGCCAAAUGCGGAAAUUGAGUGUCAUGAAGUUGUUUAGCCGUAAACGGGCAGAAUCCUGGGAUUCUGUCCGUGAUGAGGUGGAUGCCAUGGUGAAAUCCACCGCGGUCAACUCUGGCUCGCCUGUAAAUUUGGGCGAGCUGGUAUUCAGUUUGACCCAUGAUAUUAUUUAUCGUGCCGCUUUCGGGUCCAUUUCUCAUGAAAGUAAAGAGGAGUUUAUUAGCAUAUUACAAGAAUACACCAAGUUGUUUAUUGCACCCCACUUGGCUGACUUUAUUCCGUGGCUUGGCUUCAUCGACCCGGCUGGGUUGAAUACCCGUUUACCCGCUGCCCGGGCCGCUUUGGACCGUUUCAUCGAUAAAGUCAUCGACGAUCAUUUGAGGAAAAGGAAGAAAAUCCGCGAUCAAAAUGCGGACAAAGAUAUGGUUGAUGAGAUGUUGGAGUUUUACAAUGAAGAAGGUAAAGUCAACGAAACCGAGAUGUUGACCCGAGAUAACAUAAAAGCCAUAAUUAUGGAUAUAAUGUUUGGUGGUACGGAGACAGUGGCGUCCGCAAUAGAAUGGGCAUUGGCCGAGCUAAUGCAUACACCCGAAGCACUAAAGCGCGUCCAACAAGAGUUGGCUAAUGUUGUCGGUCUUGAGCGUCGGGUCGAAGAGGCGGACCUAGAGAAGUUGACCUAUUUCAAGUGUGUUAUCAAAGAGACGCUUCGCCUACACCCCCCUAUUCCAAUCGCUCCCCACAAAUCAUCAGCGGACACAACGGUUAUGGGCUACCACAUUCCUAAAGGGGCUCGUGUCAUGGUGAAUGUAUACGCCAUCAACCGUGAUAAGAACUAUUGGGAAGAUCCGAAUACUUUUAAUCCAUCUCGUUUUUUGCAAAAUGGGGCCCCGGAUUUUAGGGGAUCCAACUAUGAAUUCCUGUCUUUUGGUGCGGGCCGUAGGUCGUGUCCUGGAAUGCAACUUGGGUUAUACACAAUGGAGAUGGCACUAGUCCAUCUCCUUCAUUGUUUCACAUGGAAGUUGCCCAACGGAAUGAAACCGAGUGAAAUCAAUAUGGAGGAUGUUUUCGGACUCACCGCACCCAAGGCAAUACGACUUGUUGCAGUACCAACACCACGUUUGUCAUGUCCCUUGUAUUAAGAGGGUUUUUAUGUAAUUUAGUUUUCUUGUAAAAUAUUCGUUUACAACAUAUCAAUUACAAACCUAGCAUUUGGUUGCCCAAUCAAUAAAACCAA